AUGUUGAGUCGAGGACAAAAUGAGGCCCAGGAGACUCCCAAGGCCCGGGACCCAAGAAUCACAGAUGAAUGGCGUUUAAUGUCGCUUGUAAUCGAUCGGAUAUGCUUGAUAAUCUACUUUGUGCUGAAUGUGGUUGCAAUACUGUCGUUUUUUCUACAAGCACAAUUCCUGUUCGAUACACGCGAACCACUGCAACGAACCAUUGCACAGAAACCGUUGAGUGGCGGUGCGAUCAAUGUGUUUGCGAAUUGA